AAGAGCGCCAGCUCAGCGAACGUGCGCCAGAGCUCUAACCGAAGCCACCGGGGGCAAUCGUUUUGCUUCUCAGGUGAUGGUCCGACAUUUCACCCGCCGAACCCGAACUCACUGAGUCGGAGCGCUCUUCAACUCGCUCCCCCCGCCCGUACUCCGAUGGCUAACCGGUACAAAUCGGAGCGGCGAGUCCAGAUCGACGAGCCCCUGCUUCCCAAAUUCGACGCCGCCGGGGACGAUUCUCCGGGAUCGCGAGGGAUCGACGGCGGCGACGACGGCGACGGCGAAGGAGAGCACAGCAUGAGGUUCAAGCCCUCGGCCAACAACGUGACCGAGGAUCAGGAGCCGUUCAUGGGGUUCAAGGUCCGGCGGAAGGCCUCGCUGCACAGGGACUACAAGGGAGACUACCUGGGCGUGCCGUCGCACCCUUUUCUGAUGAAGAUUUUGCAGAAACAAGGUGAUAAGCAAGUGCUAUUUGCUGAUAAAAUUUUGAAGUUCACUGGCUCGGGGAAAAUGAAACGACGUAUUCUUUUGAUCACCGACUUUGCCUUAUAUAUAGUUGACCCUGAGACUGAUGCCCUUAAACGGCGGAUAGCCCUGGCAGCUGUGGAGAAGAUGUGCUUGAGUGAACUAAGUGAUAACUUCUUUGCGGUUAUAGUUCCUACAGAAUAUGAUUUACUCAUGGCUAGUACGCGGAAAACCGAAAUUGUUACUGUGUUAGUUGAAGCCACGAAGAGUGCAUCUGACUAUGAACUUGAAGUGAAUUUUUCCAAUAGGUUUGAGUACAAUGCAGCGGCCGAACUGGUGAAAGAAGUCCAAUUUGAGGAAGUUGAAGGUGGUGUUAAGACGAAAAUCACAAGGAAGUAGACUGCAACUGAUUCUUCGCACCAUUUACCAGCAUCUCGCAAAUGAUCGAAAUUCUUUGGGCCUACGCAACAGUUUGUACAUCACCACACUGUCUGAGUAUGAUUUUGGUUUGAUGCGUGUGGUGCUUUCACUGGAGAGCGGGAAAUGGGUAGAUAAACAAUGUUGUUUUCCAAUUGUAAACCAGCAAAUGAUCCAUAUAUACAUGUAACUCUGUCGAUUAGUUGAGGAUGUCGGAAGGACAGUGAGGCAUUGUACAAUACACAUGUUUGAGGUCUUAGGUUUUUGCGGAAGUGGGUCUCAAGUGGGAAACGACUAGGGUCCUUAAGGCCCUGAGUUCUUAUCUUCUACUUGUGUUAGUUCUACUCUCCAA